AUGGGUUUAAACACAGUGAGCGAAAGCUCUCAAUACAUUCUCUGUGAGGGAUGCUUUUGGGUAAUCAAGGUCAUGUGCCGUACAGGUCCGGUCUCUUUUACGUUCUAUGACUGGAAUCCAACGGAGCUCCCGCAGAGACCACGUCGUCAAGUACUCCAAAAGUUGGCCAUCGUGUCUAUUGACCUGGAGGGCUAUAUACUUCCAAAAUGUACAGCUUUGACUGUCUUUAUAGCAAUGGCAGGGAUUAUGUGCGCAAAGGCUCAGUAA